GGUUCGAUGUGUCAGUUCUGUGUUGUCUGUCGGUCCAGCCGUGUUGUUUGCUCGCGGUGUAUUUCUUCUUUCUAAAUAUUCCAAUCAUCACCAUCAUCAUCGUGUCUGAAACAUUGGUCAUGAUUGUGAAUUUUUGCUGCCCUAAUCCAUAAUCAUUCCAUGGAGAAAAAUAGUGGAUAGUGAAAUCGUAGUAUUUAUCUGCCUUUACCGUUGUGUGUGAAAACUACAUUCUAUAAUUCGUAUUUGAUUGUCGCAUCCGAAGUGUGUGUAUCUCCAGAUCUUGGCACAGCAAGAAAAGGAAAGGUUCGCAGAUUCCUGUUUUUCGCGUGUUUUCCUUGUGCAAUCGCGUGUGCCGCCUGUGAAAAGUUGAAACUCCCUGCAGUUUUGGGGCUUGGAAACGUAUUUCCCCCACCCACUCGCCGCACACCGUCUUCGCCACGACGAGGAAACCGUGGCUCCACGGUCAUCCGUAACGACAACAACGGAGUCAGCCGCCGGAGCCGAGUAAUAACAACAGGAACCACGACGACGGGAACAGGGGAAGAAUGGAGGUGAGCAAUCACACGGCUUCGACGCUUAGUCGGAGUAACAGCAGGACAAGCUCUAACUCCGAGCUGGAAAAGGAGUUAAUUGAUUUGGAAAUCAGUGGCACACACAACAAAUCCAGCGCACUCAAGAAAAGGAUCUCAAGCAGUCGGACGCCAGCCAAAAAGGCGAAGCGAAUACGAUUUUUUCGAAACGGUGACAAGUUCUAUCCCGGUAACAUUAUACCAGUGUCGGGAGAGAGAUAUAGGUCUUUCGAUAGUUUAACAGAGGACCUAACGAGACUGUUAGAGGAUAGUGUAACGCUGACGGGCGCCAUACGAACAAUUUACACGCUCGAUGGCAAAAAGGUGGAGAAGCUCGAAGACCUCGAAGAUGGUAAAAGCUAUGUAUGUUCCUGUAAUAAUGAAGGUUUCAAGAAGAUAGAUUACAAUACUAACAUUACCAACACUUCAUCAAAAAACACAAAUAGACUGUCUAGACUCAUACGUCCAAUAUCACCAAUUAAAAAUGGCUCUAAUGGCACAGCGCCCUUCAAAGAAAUCAGUUCAGUUGUUCAUCCUAGAAUUGUUACCCUAAUUAGGAACGGCGUGAAGCCUCGAAAGAUUCUCCGAUUGCUGCUGAACAAACGCAACAGCCCCACAUACGAACACGUGCUGAUGGCAAUCACGCAGUGCGUUAAGCUGGACACCGGCUGUGUGCGGAAAGUGUUCACCAUUUCUGGGGCACCGGUGUUGAAGCUGGCGGAUUUCUUCGCCGAGGAUGAUGUUUUCUUCGCGUACGGCAACGAACGGGUUGGGAACGAUGAUUUCGAGCUGGAACCGGACGAGCGGAAAACAAUUCAGGCCGACAAGAAAACCUUGCGUAGCAAUACCACGCGGACAGGACCAAAGCCUAAGAUGCCCAUCAAGAGUCACAACGAUACGUUUGUGUGCGUGGACGAAACGGUGCUUAACGGUGUAAUCUCGCCCGACUCGCUUCCCCUGGAGCUGCAGAACAAAUACACGCUGGGAUCGAUAAUCGGCGACGGAAAUUUUGCAGUUGUUUUAAAGCUGAAAGACAAAUCAUCGAACUUGGAGUAUGCGCUCAAAAUUAUUGACAAAUCAAAAUGCUCCGGAAAGGGCCACUAUUUGGCGGCGGAGAUCCGGGUCAUGAAGAAGCUCAACCACCCCUAUAUCAUUCAGUUGAUACAGGACAUUGAGACGAUGAACAAUAUGUAUCUGGUGUUGGAGCUGGUACGAGGUGGAGAUCUGUUCGAUGCCAUCACGAGGGUAACCCGAUUCUCGGAGAAUCAGUCCAAGAUAAUGAUGCGACAUCUGUCCUCGGCUAUGUCGUACAUGCAUGCGCUAAGCAUUGUGCAUCGAGACAUUAAGCCAGAAAAUCUCCUGGUUGAACUGGAUAAAGACGGCAAUGUAGUGCUGCUGAAGUUGGGCGACUUUGGACUGGCCUGUGAAGUUACCGAGCCACUGCUAUCGGUAUGCGGGACGCCUACCUAUGUGGCACCAGAGAUCCUAAUGGAAACCGGAUACGGCGUGAAGAUCGAUGUCUGGGCGGCUGGAAUCAUUCUGUAUAUAUUGUUGUGUGGAUUCCCACCAUUUGUUUCACCCGACAACCAGCAGGAGCAACUGUUCGAUGCUAUUCUGAACGGUUUCUUCGACUUCCCGGCACCCUACUGGAACAACAUUGGCGACAGUGUGCGCGACUUGAUUAUCAACAUGCUGCAGUCCGAUCCGGAGCUGCGGUUCUCUAGCGAAGACAUUCUUGACCAUCCUUGGCUCACGAGCGACGUGGUGGAUGACACACGAGAUCCCAAUGGGUACCGAAUUAUCUCCAAUCUGGUCUAUUAGAAUUUACACUUACUUCACUGUAUGUGUGUGCAUGUGUGGUUGUGCGCACGCAUGAUGAUGGGUUCUAAAGAAUCCGGCGCACCAAUCCACUGUCCCAUAAAUUAAAAUUCCAGUUCGUAUGGAGAUGUUGUACGAAUCCUAAAUUUUAUAAUUUUUAGUUAGACACUGUAUUUUCUGUGAUUUCGUUGCAUUUUCUUUUGAUUUGCGCAAACACAAACAUAACAGAAAGCGCUUUUCCGAUGCACUACUUCCACUGUAUUCUUUAGUUGUUUAGUCACCGUUAUAUAUGUUUCGGAAACGGUGAAUGCAUGAAAAUUAAGUGUAGCCUAAAAACAGUUGUACAUAGCAUGGCAAGAUAGUCGUCUCUCAUUUAUUUGUAUUUUUUUCUUUUCCCAUAUCGAUUCUUUGUUCCACAACUAGUACCGAAUGAGAUAACAAGCGAGAGGACAAUGUGUUAACGGAUGGUAUCGUUUAGGUAAACAAGCAAAUCAACAGAAACGCCAAAAAAGUGAGUGAAUAUUUUUUGAAUACACACAGCUCGUUUGAUAGAGAGCUGGCAGAGAGGCACGAGCGAAAAUGGAGUGAGAUGAUGUUGCGGCAUGUCUUAUUUGCCUCUGCCCCUAUGAAUAAUAGAGAUCGAAUCCUGUAAAUAAGCAUUUUUAAGGUAUUUAUGAACGGAAACAAUUACUGCUACACACACACACACUAGUAUGAAUCAAUGAUAAUUGUACCGCUUAGCAAACAAAACAAAUCGUCAUCACGUGAAAACUUUACACUAAACAUAGUUUGCUCGUUAUAAUUAUUGCUGUUGGCAAUCGUAGAUUUUUAUUCAAUUGAAUAAUUUAAGCAAGCUUAUUUAUUAGUUCUAUUCCAUGUUAGCUCAAUUUUUUCUCGAUCUUGGAAAAGAAAAUCAAAGUCAAAUCAAAUCCAAAUUUAUUUAAAUACUGUAAAGGAGGUCAGCGUUAGAAAACAAGAAGUCAAACUUUAUAGGAUGUUUUUUUUUGCUCCUUUAUUAUAUCGGUUCUAAUUUAUUUCCCUUUUCCAUUUGUUAGUAAGAGGUUGAUAGGUGAUUCUAAGUUUGUAAGAGACAUACUCACACAUCCUGGAGCACGCUUGUGAAUAGUGUUUAUAUAUUUUUUUUUGUUCGGUUAAGUUGAAUAUUUCCUAACGAAAGAGACACAAACAAUCAAGCGAAUGAUACAUAUAUUAGUCGUAGGUAUAUUUGAGGUCCGAGCAGGAGUGCCGACAUUCGACAAGACAGUUUCAGAGUAUACACGAUUGCUACCAUGUUUCGGUCUAUUUGUUGAUUUUUUUUUUGUUUCGAAAUUCCUAUCCACCCCCCUUUGCGGCCCAUGACACUUACACGUAUUUUCACUCACUGCAGAUAACAUUCCAGGUCGGUACUGUUGAUAUGAUGAAUUAUCCGUAAUCCUCAAUUUGAAUAGUUUUAAUUUUGUGUUUCGGUUACUUGCAACACACUAGCAAUUAUUAUUUUGACCAUCUCUGAAAGGAAUGGCGACUUAGCAUAGGGCUGAUAAUUCGAGAUGCUAGUCGUGUCGAAUUCUAGUACUGUAUCUAACGUUCUAUAAUUCAGUAUCAAUCCGAUUUAAUCAGAUACUCUGAUUUAUUAAAAAGUUAUUUUAUUUCUGUCAUUUGUAGAAGAUGAUUGAUUUUUUUCUUUUUAAAACAGUUGAACUCAGGUAUGUACAUCAACUCUUCCUAAUCAUAUUAUUCCGGUAAGCCCUAAUUCACGUUGGGCGCCAUAAUGUAAAGUCACGCGGGAUUAAAGUGAGUGGCUAAAGCGCCACCUCGUAAGACUCGAACUCACUCGAUGUCUACCCGGCAUGAAUUCCGACCUCAGAGCGGGUUCUUGAUUCGAUCCCAAAAUGCGCGAAAAGCUGAUUCUCCCUGACACCUACACAUGUACGCGUUCUCGUUUCUCUGCUUUGUUUGCAACACGAUGACUGGGAAAACUUUAAACCACAGAUUCUACCGAGGGUACCGAUACGCACACAAUUGCGUAUUUCUCUGGUUCCUUCUGCUGUCCAAACCUCCCUAAUCGCUUCAGACAACACGAACCGAGAUGAACUGAGAAUCCCAAGCAGUACACUUAGGGUGCCAAUGAAAAUGGUCAUCUCGGAUUUCAAAAAGUUACCCCAUAAAAAAUGUUCACCACCCCGAAAAAACACCUUAUGCCGAAUUUCAGCUCAAUCGGACUUAACGGAGAGUGGCGCAAAACGGUCAAAGUUUGAGUUUUUUGAAAAUCAUAAAAUCACCCAAAGGGAAAGUAAAGGAAAUGACUUUGGGACUUUUUUUUCGAACUACGAAACGAAAAGUAUGGUUUUGGGUGCCAAUAAAAAUAAUUAUCUCGAUUUUUCAUUCGGAACUUGCUGCGAAAUGUUUAUUUGCACGAUAAUAUACCCAAUGCCAAAUAUUAGCUCAUUCGGACUUCAUUUACUGAUGUCACAAACGUUAAAAUUUGAGUUUUUUUUGAAAAACGAAAAAUCACCCGAAAUCUUGGUUUUCAAAAAAAAAAGUUUGAUGCCAAAUGUCCUAAAAUUACAUUAAUCGUCGAGAUUUACAGUCUUCUCCGUGCCAGACCGGGAAUUGCAGUUCCGGUCAGCCGGGAUCCUAGAGAGUUUCGUUAUCUGGACAAAAAAGCCGUUGAACGGUUGUUCGACGCAUUCAGUUAACUUCCUACUCAGAAAUCAUUUUUCAAUGAUUUACCUUUUUUAAUCAAUGUUCACUGCACAGGAAUAUAAUUUGUAUUCCUUCCUAAGCACAAACAAAGAAACAAAAGAUAAUCCAGUGGCGUAGCGUGCAGGGUGACACCCGGGGCUGGUGUUUUGGGUGUCACCCCUCCAAUUAAAUCUUGUUAUCAAGCCUUUGUUUUCAUUCUCUAAUGAAAAAUUAAAUUUACUGAUAGAAGAAACCUAAAUUUGAGGUUAAUUAUAAUUAUUAUAACGGGUGUUUUUGUAUGCGUUCGGGUUUUAAUUAACAGAAAAUGAAAAUCAUCGCACAAUAGCGAUCACCAACAUCGCUAUCAUCUUCAUCUUUAAAAAAGUACGGGUCAAUGAUUCCUCCGGGAGGCAUCAAACAAUACAUUUUUUGGGAUGCAUUGGCAACUCUCGUAUUAUUUGUGUUUGCUCAUGUGGCCAAAUACGACAACUUUGUUUAUCAAUGUAUCCGUUCAACCAAAAAUGUGAUUCAUCGCUGAAGCAUUUUCAACAGAGCAUUCAUCUUGAUAACAAAAUUCAAUUAUUUGUAAGUGUUAUAGCGAAAUGUCAAUGAACACUUGCAACUUCAGUUUUGACACAUGACACGAAUUACUUGUGAUCUGUCAAAACAGUGCGCUGAAAAACUAAACAGAAAAAAAUCUCGAAGAACAAAUCGUAAAAUCAUUAUACGUCUCGACUUAACAGCAGCAAAUUGUCUGAAAACAUCGUCAAAGUCAACAGAGUUAGUCAAUUCAAUUUCGAUUGACAACGAAUCCAAUCCAUUUAAGCAUACUAGUCCCAUUGUUGACCGCAAAUAAUUUUUAAAUUAUUUCAACUUUGAUAAGUCUCUUCCACUAGGUGCCAUAAAAACGCAAAUCGUUAGUAACGGCUUCAAACUCACUGUAAGAUUUGGAAACGUUUCUUAGAAGUUCCAUUUCAUGAUGAACUGUAUCACUUCCAAUGUACACUAAUUAUUGACAUCUACUAGGUUAAUUCCGAUGGCGUUUAAAUGUCCAAGAAAUCUUGAAACCUUUAGUAACUACUCGCUUUUCGAAAAUUCGUCGUAAAAAUUUGCAAAUUUGGGAAUCAAAAUUUGCAAUUCGCUGUCAGAUACUGCAUGUAUCAUGCAUGCUUGAAUUGUGGCUACUUCUUUGGCGAUUUUGAUCGCUCCUGUAAUUCUCAAUGAAAACGAUUAAUGCUCUUUUCUGCAACAAGCAAAAUUACCAGCAUGUAGUCCUCAUCAGUUCGAAGAGUGGUUUACAAACCCUUGAAUACGGCUUUUUUGUUUUACUUUCCCUACAAAACCUGAACCCCCCCUGACAUAGUUAGAGCGUUGUCGAAAAUUGAGAAGGGCACUUCAUGAAAACUGAAUCGUCACUCUUUAUUUAAGGGGGUAUUCUAGUGUAGUGACACGAAUUUCGGACGUUCUUUCGAGCUCCGUAAAAAUAAAACAAAGAAUUUCUUUACCAUCCAUUAUACCUUUUUUUUAUUCAUCUAUCUUUUAACAAUAAAACAAAAAUUGAACGGAGAAAAUAUAUUCAUAAUUAGAAUAGUUACAAGCUGAUGAAGUGAGAGGGUUGAAAAAAAGGUGGGCCAUGGCGUACACGAUUCCAGCUCUUCUGGUUAUCUGAAACAAAAAAAGGAACAGAUUCUGAAUCAGUAAAGAUGCCGCUAUCGCAUGGACCUCGGACAAAUGAAAAACAUCUUUUUUGACAAAAUGGCAGUCGUUUGAAAAACAAAAUACUGUUCAAAACGUUUUUUGCUACGUUUCCCGAUUUAAAAAAAAAAGGAAAAUUUAAAAAAUAUCAUAUUAUAGAGGUUCAUGCGAGAGAGAGAUGCAUGCAGAUUGUUUCCAUAUAAAUUCGACACGAAUCGGUUAAGUAGAACUUGAGAUAUCGUGUAUGUCUGUUUGAAAAAAACUAGUUUCGUUUGAUGUUCAUAGUUUUGCCGUAGCAGGUUAGAUACCGCAUCAUUAAAAUGGCUCUAACUUGGUAAAUUAUAGGAUUUUCGAUAAGUCUUUUCUAGGGUAUAUUCUUGGAUGCCUUAACUACAGAAAUAUGAAGGGAAAAAAAAAAAUUUUUUUUUAAAUUUUCUGGACUAAAAUACUACCUUGAGGGACCUGAAGUAUAGAAAUUUGAUAAAAAAAACACAAUUUUUUACCUUCAUAUUCCUGAAGUUCAGACAUUCAAGAAUAUACCCCAGAAAGGACUUUUCGUAAAUUCCAUCGUUUACUAUUUCAAUUUUGAAUAUUUUAACCGUUUAUCGCGUGUUGUAUUGCUUUUUUUAUCUGUAUUAUAGUGACUUUCAACUCAUUUGGCUGGUUCGUCACUUUUACUUCCAUUUUUGGAAGAAUGUCGGGAGUGAGAAUUGAACUCGUGACCUUUAGCGUGAGAGGCAUGGAUGUUAUCACUACCUCAGAUCGCCUCCACGUGUUGUAUUGUUAAAACAUAAAGAAACUAGUCAUGAAAUAAUGGAUAGCUAAAAUAUUCCUUGUUUCAUUCGUUCAGAGCUCGACAAAACGCCCGAAAUUCGUGGCUCUACACACUACACUCAUAUCGAUUACUAAAAUCAGUAACCUUUUUUCAUCCAAAACAAAAAGAAAAACCAAAGGAAGAUUCUUUACAUGAACAUUUCCAUGGUAAAAUUGUUCACUAAAUAAUGCCCCAAUCACAGAGUAGACUCGAAUGAAAUUCAAAGAAUACGGGAGACGUUCAUUCUAAAGUUUCAAACUUUUUUUUUCGAAACAAAUAUAAUGAUAACGCCCGGGGCGGAUCGCCUCCUCCGCCCCCUUACACUACGCCACUGAGAUAAUCUAAUCUUAAUACUUAUCCACCACUAGGUUUUUGGCUGUUUUGAGCGGCAAAAAUAGGUUUUUUAGAAAACUGCUAGAACAAAAGUUUUUGGUUUUAUUUAUUUAUUAAAAAUGAUGCUACAUCUUAUGAAGAGAUUGAAUCUUACUCACAACAUUGUUCCGCCAAUGAACCCGGUCCAUAGCUGCAGUUCUCCAAAUCGGGUUAUACGAAUUCUUCCCAGGUUUUGCUCCUCUUCUUGUUUCUACCGGAUUCGAUGCGAACACCAUCUCUGCAGAGCUGCUGUCCGGCAAUCUUGCAACAUGCCCUUGCCCAUCGCACUUGUACAGCCUUGGCGACUUUCUGGAUGCUGGGUUCGCCUCAGAGUUAUGCCAGUUCGUGGUUCACCCUCCUUUUUUUUAAUUUAAUUUAUUUUCAACUGGCUCAGCAACGUUAAGCAUCAAUGAGCCGUGUUUAUGUAUAGGGAAAAGCCUCUGUGAGUAGAACUAUGCAAAUGUUCUUUCUCAUAAAGGCAUAAAAACCCUAUGAUUUUUUCAAGAAAUAGAACAAUAUAAAUAAUUAUACAACAAUUCAUUAUGAAAUAUUAUUUAAGACUUCUUCUUGAGGAUUUUUUUAUAGAGAAAACCACCUCCUUGAAGAUUGCGAGCAAUUGCGUGCAUCUGAGUAUUUUUGAGUUCUGAGGAAAAUAGUUGAAGAAAAAUGAAAACGUUAAUAACCAUAUAUUAUUGAUAAAUAAUAAAAAUAUUCAUAACAAAAAACAAAAAAGUUGGAGAAGUAAACGAUAAUCAAAAAUAAUAAAAAAAAUACACACAUACUCAUACUUGAAAGUGUAUGGAUUUGAGGAAGUAAUAAAUCAACAUAAUUGCAUCGAGAUUACGAGUAGCCAGAACGUCACGGAUCGAAACAUUGAGUGGCAUUCCCUUUUUGCGAAAAUUUUCUAUUAAAGAUAACCUUUUAUUUUGAAAUUCAGAGCAAUACCAUACAAUGUGAUCAAUAUCGUGGUAACCUGUACCACAAAUACAUAGGUUACUAUCACUGAUGUUAAUUCGAAAAAGAUGUGCAUUCGAGGAAUAAUGAUUAGACAUGAGUCUGCACACUACUCGAAUGAAAUCACGAGAAUAAUUAUAUCCUUUGAACCAUGGUUUGAGGGAAACUUUAGGAAUGAUAGAAUACAGCCACCGACCUUUAUCACUACCAUUCCAACUUGUCUGCCAACAUUGAAGUGCACGUUCACGAGGAAAAUGGAGAUAUUCAUCAAAAGUAAUUGGCCUAUGAAAUAACAGUCCUUCCGUAGCGCCCUUCUUAGCAAGAAGAUCAGCUUUUUCAUUUCCUGGUAUCGAACAAUGAGAGGGAAUCCAUACAAAAGUCAUAUUAAAUGAUCUACUUAUCAAAACACUUAAAAGAUGUUGGAUUCCAGACAAGAAAUACGAAGAAUAUCUAGACCUUACCGAACGAAGUGCCUCUAAAGAGCUGAGACUAUCAGAAAAAAUGUAAAAAUGUUCAGGGGACAAGGUCUGAAUAUGUUGUAAUGCAGUGUAUAUUGCAGCCAAUUCCGCAACAAACACCGAACAGGGUAAACUAAGCUUACGGAAUAUGGAGAAGUUAAUAUUAAAUACCCCAAAACCUGUGGAACCAUUAAGACUAGAUCCAUCAGUAAAAAAAAUUUUGGUUGAGUCAAUAUGUUUAUAUCUUGACAAGAAAAUUGCAGGCAUGACUAUUUGGCGGAGAUCACUGGAAAUACCACUCACAUAAACUUUCAUUGACAAGUCAAAAUUAAUAGAAGGAUUGAACAAAAUUGAAGGAAUGGUCUGGAAACCAAGUAAAGCAGAUGGGCUUUCCAGGGUCAGAAAUUCAAGAUAUAGCGACAUUCGCUUAGAUUGAGUGCCUAAGGUUAGCAUUUUUUCAAAGUUUGUUAUCACUAUCGGAUUGAGUGUUUCACAACGUAUCAAAAAACGAAAUGAUAACUCGAAAAAGCGCACAGAAAGAGGAAGGAUACCAGCUAAAAUUUCUAGGCUCAUUGUAUGUGUUGACUGCAUACAUCCUAGAGCAAUACGCAAACAGCGAUAUUGGAUCCUUUCUAGUUGCAUAAUAUGAGUACGGGCAGCGGACCUGAAGCAAAAACUUCCAUACUCCAUAACAGAUAGAACGGUUGUUUUAUACAACCUAAUCAAAUCGACGGGAUGCGCCCCCCACCAAGUCCCUGUUAUGGAUCGGAGAAAAUUUAUUCGUUUCUGACAUUUUUGUUUCAAUUAACCUAUGUGUUUACCCCAUGUGCCUCUAGAAUCAAACACAACUCCUAAAUACUUGAAUGACGGCGAGUGCCUAAUUGUUCUAUCCAAAAGUUUAAGUUGCAAUUGUGCGGGACGGUGUUUUCUUGAAAACACAACCAUUUCUGACUUUUCAGAAGAAAACUCAAUACCCAAUUUACAAGCCCACUCAACCAAAUAAUCAAGAGAAAUCUGCAAGGGAUUAUACAGAUGAAUACUGUCUUAGCCUGUUACCGACACUACACAAUCAUCUGCAUAUUGUCUCAAAGUACAGUUUCCUGAUAAACAAACAUCGAUGUCAUUUGCAUAAAAGUUGUAAAGGAUUGGACUAAGACAUGAGCCUUGAGGAAGGCCCAUGUAGCUAAUCCGUAAAACUGACGAAGAACCAUGGGAAAAACUCAUAUGUUUUUCACGCAUUAGGUUAAACAAAAAACUAUUUAAUUUUGGAGAAAACCCAUUUAGAUGAAGUUUUUCAAAAAGAACCUCAAUGGAAACUGAAUCAAACGCACCCUUGAUAUCUAGGAACACUGAUGCCAUUUGUUGCUUACUACACAAGGCUAUGUCAACCUCUGAUGAAAGCAGAGCAAGACAAUCAUUAGUUCCUUUACCUCUACGAAACCCGAACUGCGAAGGUGAGAGGAGGUUGUUGGAUUCUAUCCAGCUGUCUAAGCGACAUAGAAUCAUUUUCUCUAAUAAUUUUCGAAUGCAAGAGAGCAUUGCAAUUGGAACAUUGAACAAUUUUAACAAACGUUUCUUCGCAUUAUCAGGUAGAUUUUUCAAUAAGUUGAAUUUGAUCCUAUCUGACCCCGGCGCCGAAUUGUUACAUGACAGAAGUGCAAACGAAAAUUCAGCCAUACUGAACGGAGGCGCAAUAUCAUCAGAUGUCUCCAAGAAGGGAGGAGGAGCAGGUGCUGAGUCUGGACAUAUCUUCUUGGCAAAGUCAAAGAUCCACCUUUCAGAAUAUUCAACUUGUUCAUUUGAAUGAGUUGAAUUUCUCAUUUGUCUGGCAACUCUCCAAAGAGUGCUCAAGGAAGACUCUCGGGAAAGCCCAUUCACAAAAUUACGCCAAUAGCCUCUCUUUUUGGCUUUUAUGAAGCUUUUGAAUUUACGCUCCAGAUAAAUGUAAUUGUCGUAACGUUCGCAGGAGCCUGAUUUACGCCAAUUCUUGAAAGCAUUCGAUUUUUCUUUAUAGAGAUUUGUACAAUCUUGAUCCCACCACAGAUUAGGAGAACGUCUGCGAAACGAAUUCCCAGGAAAACGUUUCGUUUGGGCAUCAAUAGCACUGUCAUGAAUUAAACCAGCUAGAAAAUUAUAUUCUUCUAACGGGGGUAACUCAUUAACUAAUGCCACUGAUUCUGAAAUAAUUGAAGAAUAUCUCUUCCAAUCAAUGUUUCUAGAUAAAUCAUGCUGAACAUUUAUAGUUUCAGACGAUUUAGAAUAAUUUGAAAUAGAAACGGUGAUCGGCAAAUGAUCACUUCCAUGUGGAUCUUGGAUAACCUUCCAAUGACAAUCUAAUGAUAAAGAGGAAGAACAAAGGGAUAAAUCUAAGCGACUUGCGCGGCCUGAUGAAGGAGCAAUUCUUGUUAUAUCACCUGUAUUUAAAACUGUCAUGUUGAAUUCAUCGCAAAGAUCAUAAAUAGAAUUAGCUCUUCGAUCAUCAAAAGAUUCACCCCAGCCAAUGCCAUGUGAGUUGAAAUCUCCCAAAAUAAGAUGAGGUUGUGGAAGAAGCUCAAUUAUAUUCACAAGGUUUCGAUAAUUAAGCAUUGUACUUGGUGGAAUAUAAAUAGAAGCAAUGCACAAAUCUCUACCCUUGAUGCGUGCCUGACACGCAAGAAUUUCAAUUCCUGUGACUAAAGGCAGGGGAAUCCUGUAAAAUGGAUAACAUUUUCUAAUACCUAUGAGAACUCCUCCAUAGGAAUCAUCACGGUCUAAACGAAUAAUAUUGAAAUCAUGGAUGUUUAAUAUAUUGUCCGAACGAAGCCAUGUUUCAGAUAGAGCAAACACAUCGCAAUUCAAAAAAUGGAGCAUUUGCUUGAAAGAGUCAAGUUUUGGAAGAAGACUUCUACAAUUCCACUGUAGAAUAGUAGAAUUCUCUGACUCAUCCAAUAAAUUAGGCAUCGAAAUUAAUGAAGGAGAGGAGGGGCCACUUUGCAACCAUUUGUUUAGCUUAAUGACUGAUAGUAGGAAGCCAAGCAGAAAUGAGACAUUUCAAUGAAUCUGAAAUUCCGAAAAUAUCAAAGAUCCAUCUAACAAUUGAAGAAAAGCAAAUACCUCCUGAAAAUGAUUGGGGUUCAGGAACCGAUCGAGAAGCAAAUCUAGGAUGACUUGACAAUUCAGGGAAAUGAACGUCAUAGUUAGAGGAUCCCCAACCAGGAGGGUUACUGUUGGAAGGAGCAGAAAAAUGAGAAGAAGCUUCUGGUUGAUUAGAGGAUAAUCCUCUUUUUUUAGCAGGCUUGGAGGAGGAAGUAUUUUUUCUCUUCCUGGUUCUUCCCGCGAUUAUUGGGUAUUAAAGUAGUAUCCGAUUCAUCAUCCUCUGAUAAAGCAGAGAAACGAUUUUCUGAAAUCUCGGAUACCUGAGCUGCCUUGAGUAUAUCAGCAAAGGAUCGCUUAGAACGAUCUUUAAGUGACUGUUUAAGUUUAAUUGAACGGGAUUUGUAUUUUGGACAGUCUUUAACUGUGUGAGGAACACCUCCACAAAGAAUGCAUUUAUCAGCAUCCUUGUUGCAAAUACUUUCAUCAUGAUCGACUCCACACUUAGAACAUUUAUUUUUAUUGCAACAGAAGGUUUUAGUGUGACCUAACUGUUUGCAAUUAGUGCAUGACAUUAUUUUGGGAGUAAAUAAUCGAACUGGAAGACGAAGCUUAUCAAUGAGCACAUAAUUUGGAAGAGCUGUGCCCUCGAAGGUGAUUCUAAAAGAAACAGAUGGGAAAUAUUUCUUCUCGUUGCCAUCAAUUAUAAAUGAAUUCAGCGAUCGAACUUCUAAAAUUUUCACAUGAGGAAGUUUUACAUCAUGAAAAAUACCCUCUGCUUUUUCGAAAUCUGCUAGUUGGAGAGAUUUUUCCGAAACCACACCAUCGAUUUCAACAAUAUGUGCCGGAAUAUACACUCGAUAUUCAGCAGUGAACAAAGAAUUAUUUACAACUGCGUUAGCGUCUUUACAAUCCGAGAGCACAACACGAAGUUUGUCUUUAUUAACUUUUGUAAUCUCCAAGACACUUGAGUAAUUAGAUUUCAAGUCUUUACAAAUUUGGGUCACUCUUAACGGUUUCCCUUUGGGACGGAAGAAUACCACCCAACGAUUUUUCGAUGAACCCGAAACAUUCUGGUAUUGUCGUAUUCGAGAAAGAUUCUUGGGAGGAAUAUUCUCAAUGAUUGGAUGUUGAGGAGAAUUAAUUAGAUUUUGAACCGAACUGAGUGAAACAGAAUCAAUUGUUGGCUGUGUCGAAUUUAACUGUGAUUGUUUUUUAUUUUUCUUCGAAGGACGAACUUCAGAAAAACAAUUACUAGGAGAAGCUACGAUGCUCAUAUCAACAUCGGAGGGUUCGUUCCCCUCCAUUUAGAUAGAAUUGUGUAAUAAAAAUGAGAGCAGAGAGAGCAUAAAAUGCCUAACACUCACAGAAAAUAAAACUAUUAUUUUUGUAUAUAUAAAAAAAAAAUAAAAUAAAAUUAAUUAAUUAAUUAAGUAACACAAAACAAAAACUUAGCUGUUUUAUAUUUUCCAGAGGCAGGGAAUCUUCAGAAAUCCUGCACCAAGGAUCAAUACAGCGGGAAGCUUCACACACACCGAAAAACACUUGAAAAUUCAAAAUUCGUAUAUCUUCUUCGGGGAAUUCCACUCGCUAAACAAAUGGCUCCAAUAACUUCACAACUUCUUCGAGAAAUAGUCUUCAAAACACUGAAAUGACCUACAAGAAAAAAAAAUCACGAAGAAAAUCUGCAAUAUUCGUUUUGAUGAAAAUUAUACGUCACCUUUAUUCCACGGCUUGCUGAUGUAUGGUUCACCCUCCUUCUCCAUACUUCGUUUUCCUGUACACCACCGUAUAUUAGCACUCGACGUUCGAAAACACCAAGUACUUGUGGCCCGAUUUAAGCCAUCUUUAUUUUGUUGUAUUCGUCUCUUCCCGUAGAUAAAUAUAGCGGGGAGAAAACUUGGAAUUGUUUGGGAAAACUCUGGAGGAAGGUAGGAAAAUUCGGAAAAUUUAAUUCUCAUAUGUUCUACAAUUACAUCAUGAUAAGCGUUGUUAUUUCAUUUGAUGUAUGCGCUAACGAAAUUGAUUAGUUCGAAAAACCCUAGAAAGCACAUAUCGAAAAUCUUAUUAUUUACCGAGUUAGAGCCAUUUUAGUGAUCUAACCUGGUACGAUCAUAACAAUGAACUUCAAACGCGUUUUCUCCAAACAAUACAAUCAAUAUGAAACGUUCACAGGUGUUUUUGGGGAUACACUAAGCUGAAAAUCUUCCCGCUAACAUUAGAAUUUACUGCAAUAUUUGCAGAACUACAGAUGAUUCUCUGAAACCCUAUUUUUGGCACGUUUUGAAUUGAGGUAAAAAAAUAAAAUAAGUUUGUUUUUGUCAAAGCAACAAAUUAAAAUUGUACGAAAUUUAUUUAAGGUUUUCAAAACUACCUUUCGGUUUGCGGUGCGAUCAUUGUUUAUUAAAUUAUUCAUUAACAAAGACGAAGGGUUAAUUUUUCAUUCAAACAAAAAUAUCUCUGUAUAGAAAGGUCCUACAUGAACGUUAUAGAUUUUCGGCUAAGUUGCAAAUUUUCAAUUUAAUGCAUUUUUUCGAUUCAUUUGUAAUAUUUAUAUAUUUUCUGUUUAUCAGAAAAAGAAAUUUAGAGGAAGCUGAGAUAAUUCAUGAAUUGGAUAAACAAAUAAUCUUUUAGUGAUAACUUUAGUGAAUUAGUUUAUCGUGAUAACCAUUACCAGAUUGCUUGUGAAAAUUGAAAAAAACCGUUACGGGAUUCCCAGGUUGAGUCCCAAAGGAAAUAUAGAAUAUUUGGAUGAGAAACAUAUUUUGACAUAGAUUUUGCGACUUUUAAAGGAAAAACACAAUUAAAGAAAUUAUUAAAUUAAAUUAUUACCAGUCAUUAAAAUUCCAAAUAAAAUACAAAAAAAUCCAAACUAAUUUCAAAAUGUCCCAUUUAAUCAAUGCCAGACAUGAAUAACUGUGAAGCUGCUUAUGUUUGUUGGGUUCCAACUUAUAUUCAAUAUUGUAUGCCGGUAUUGAUACCCCUGAACGAAAGAGCGAAUCAACGGUUCAAAAGAACGAAUUUGAACGGUUUGCGACUGAGCCGUUCAUCAUGGUCUGCUUUCCAUAUUCGUUCUUGCAUGUUUUUUCGUGACAGACAAGGUGAGUCGAAGCAUAUUAAGAAUUCUUCUACUUUUGGUGAUAGCAAGCACUUGAUAUUCCCAAAGAUUCGACGAGAGUUUGGUUUAGAGAGCUGAACGUCGAUAAAGAUUUUAUUAGAAAGAUUGUUGUCCAAUCGUAUCGUGCCCAAUGCACGUCUCUAUUAUGUAGGAUAUGAUAUCGAGUGCUGUAUGAUUUUUCUACAACGGUUUAUUAUUGAAAAUUGAAAAUAUGAUGAAGAAAUCGUUCCAGACUCUUUCUACCACUACACCGCUUACAACUAGUUUGAAGUUCAGUUCAGUUGAUACAACAAAUGGUUUUUGUAGAGUCACAAUUUGGAGUGUUUAAUCAGUUAAAUUCACGGUUUUCUGAACAGAUACAAAAACUCAAUUCAAAAGCAAUUGUACUCAAAGUCCUACGUCCAGCAUCCGCCCGUGCCUCUAGGUACAGAUCCUCUUACUUUUUUCAUAGAUUUUUCAGUAUUUUUUUAUAUUUUUUAACGUAAAACUACGUCUUUCAUUAAGGGUGCCAAAUCAGAAUACAACUCACGUUUUUAUGAAAUAAAGUUAACGUCAAUAACUAUUUUUGCCGCGGGCGGAUUUUGGCGAUUUACAUACCUAAUGAAACGGAAAUUGUUUUGAGAUUUGUUUGAUAUGCUAUACAUUACAACAAAUUCAUGAAAACUAUAAGCGUUUCCAUUUUCCCAUACAUUUGUUCUGCUCAUUUGUAAGCUUUUCUACCCGUGCCGUCAAUAACGAGCAAUUUAUCGACGAGCAACGAAGAGGAAAUCGUGAAAUUUAAAGUUUCCGUGAACAAAGGAAAAGAAGAAGAACGAAGUGAAAUAUUUGCCUAGAGUAUAAACAGUGGAUCUUGCUAAGGCAAACUUUCAUUCUUCGUGAGGACACCCACUAAACAACAUCGUUGCUGGGCGAGCUGGACGGUGAGUGAUCGACUGCAUUUCUCAAGGCAAUGGGGUGGAGGAGUAAUACAAGGAAAAAAUGAAGUUUUCCAAGGACCGAAUAAACUGAAGAAGUUUAAAGUCUAAAGAGACUUUCAGGGGGUCACCACAUUGUGCAUUGGUUGCGCGUUCGCUUAGUAAGCUAUCGCUCGUGAGUUCAAAACUCAGGGCCCUCAUUGACGAUCUUUGUGUUGUUACAGAAUAACUACGUCCACGCAACAAUCAUUGGCGAUGGAGAUCGAUCCACGGUCGAUAUAAGAUCGUUUCAUCCAUACAACUGCUCUGCUCUCCAAGACACAUCGGGCUGCUGUUCUAUAAAUAACUCAACAAUUAUCAAUCAACUGCCUCCGCUAUCCGGUCUAACUGGAUAAUGGAAUAACAAAAGGAAAAAACUCUUACGCCUAAAUGGUUACUGUGUAAAUGUGUACCAUAUGAAAUGGUAUAGAAGGGAAUACUCCAACGCCGAAAAAUGGCAGCUGUGUAAUGUGCCAAUUAUAGAUAUGAUAAACUUGUGACAUGUACACGGUUAAAAUUCGGCUCUGUAACAGCUAAAAUGCUAAUGAGCCUAAAUAAACAAAAGGGAUAAAAAAGAGACUUUCUCAACAAGCAAGGAAGGAAGGCAAACUUUCAAUCUCGUUCUGUAUUCAAAGCAAUGAAUAUCGCUUGUUCUUCCUUGUUUUGCGUUAUGACAUGUCUUCGUUUCGGAUUGAGCUGUGGACACGACACGGCCAUUGCAUUAAAGUUCUGAGCAACACAAUUGUGUGAGGAAUCAUCAAGCUAGGCUAUCGUCAGCUCACCAAGGAAAUAAAUGUUCUGGAAUUUUGUAUGUGAUUUGCUUUGGCAUGACGGUAGGAAAACUCUAUCCAUAAAGGAUGACAGCUACGCUAAAGUCUGCUUCAUUUAAUAUUGGAACACAAACAAUUGCGUGUAGUUCAGUCAUUUAUUAACGAAUUCAUAAUUUGUUUUUCAUACAAAUGUAGCAUUUUCUUUACUCUUUCAUAAAAAAUUAUUCAUUGCUGUUUCGAAGAAAUUCUCGUACUUUUCCCGUAAUACGGCACAUUAGGCGGCGCACACCCUUUUCGUCCACCGUUUUGGCGAUUUGAUUCCACCAGUUCUUCAUUUGAGUCAUGUUCCUAACAAGUUUUCCCUUUGUCUUAAGCCUCCGCUUCGUGAUUGCCCAGUAUUUCUCUAUCGGCCGGAACUGGGGACAGUUUGGGGGGUUGAGGUCCUUCGGUAUUACGCUGACCCCGUUCGUUGCGUACCAUUCCAUAACCGUUUUGCUGUAAUGGCAGCUUGCGAGGUCCGGCCAAAACAUUACUGGACGGUCGUGGGCACGAAUAAACGGCAGAAUCCGUUUCUGUAAGCACUCUUUUUUGUAGACUUCUGAUGUCAUUGUCUUGUCAGUGAGAAAGACUUUGGUUUUUUGUCCACAACUGCAUAUCCCCUGCCAAAUCAUGUACUUGCGGGCGAAUUUAUCCGCAAACACGAACUUAAAUUUUGCAGGUACAUCCUCCCGAGCCGUCGCCAAAUAAAAUUUUUGACCUGGGAUUUGCCCAAAGUCCGCCUUCACGUAGGUCUCAUCGUCCAUCAGAAUACAUCCGUCGAACUUGGUCAGCACUUGGUCGUACAGCUUUCGAGCACGGAUUCUGGCCACAUUGUUCUGCUUCAGCGUCCGAUUUGGCUGUUUGCUGGCUCGGAAUGACCUUAUUCCUUCCCGGAGACGAAUUCGUCGCACCGUACUGUGAGCGGCCUGGAACUUAUUGGCCAAAUCGCGGUCUGAAAGAUUGGGAUUCCUCUUGACGGCCUUGAUGACUUUCCCACGCAGUUUCCGGUCGACAGUUCCACUCCGACGCUUCGAAUGCGGCUUCCGAGCCGUCGUCAAUGUUUCCUUGUACUGCUUGAUAACACGCCAUACGGUAUUUCUGGGCAUUUUAAGCUGUUUAGCUAGCUUAGAUGCCGACAACAUUGGAUUUUCAAGAAAACUGUGCACAAUUUUAUCUCUCCGUUCGGCUUCCAUGGCGGUUGUUUACAAAAUGCUAUCGUUUGGUGUUAUGACAUAAAUACAUGGUGAAAGGUAAUGAGUUUCCCGACACGUGGGUGAAAAAAGUUUCCAUAUCCGUCCACUAGGAGCGCCACAAUGAGCAAAAGAAUUUGUUCCAAUAUUAAAUGAAGCAGACUUUAAUCCAGACAGGCAAUAUAACCAGAAAGUGCAUCUGUUGAGAAAAGCGCAAAACGGAGAUAAGUGUGUGUAUAUUUAUUUACUUCAAGCCAUCGAUAUAUGGAUAUUUGUGUGCGUACGUGCGUGCUUCAUAACCCGUACGUAAGAAUAGUGCAUCUUCUUUGUAUCUGCUCCCGUGUGCAUUGGCCCUGUCACGAUGCAACAAUCGCAUUUUUUUUUAUGCUAUGAUUGACGAUUGUUUGGUGUUGCAAAUUAUGCAGCCGUAAUGAUAAAUAUAAACAAGGAGGGAAGAUAGCGGGAUGGAAAUAUUUACGCUAGGGUAUAAGUAAUGAAUCUCUGCUGAUGCAAAUAUUCAGCCUUCUUCCAAGCAGUUAACAUUGUUUGUUUUCCGUCAUUAUAAAGGCUUCGUUGGUGCCUUUGACAUUGCAUCAAUGCAUUGAACUGACGCUAUGGUGAAGCAGAUGUUAUGGUUGUGCAUCAAAAAUUAUUUGGGGAAUACCAAGUUCUUGAAUAAGUUAUAAUAAAUUAUUAUUUUAUUUGGGUUCGCGUGCCAGUCGCAAAACUCUCUUCAACUAGGAUUGCAUUUGCGCUCAUAAUGAAGCAGUGCUACUCUUUUCGAGGUUGUUGAGAUUAACAGAAAGAGUUUAUUUCGUUUAUUUAGUCACCAAGAAAGUAAAUUUCGUACUGGAAUUUCGUAUGUGAUUUGGCUUCGCUUGCCAGGAGCAAAACUUUCUCCACUAAGAAUGACAGCUGCACUUAUCUCGAGUAUGUAUUGUUCGAGGCUAAGAAUGAAUCAUCAAAGAUUAUCGUCAAAUGAUUCUACAACAAAAAAAACAUUUCAGGGCGAUCAAACUGGUGGUUGUAGCAUUAUAAAAUAAUAUCCGCAGUUAUAAACAAGCGACUUGAAUUAAACUACAGCGUAGUUCUACGUCAAAAAUGCGGUCGUGUCUUGGACACAUUUAGUAGCAGUUGAACGGCUUUAUUUCCGCUCCAAUUCACGAUGAAAACGAGAUGAAGUGUAUCCGCGAUGACAACGGUACGGUGUCGAGAUCUGGAUACGAAAUUAGUUUUCCACUAAAACAUAUCAUUAUAAUAUAAAAUCAUCUUCAAAUCCAAUCUAAGUAAUUGUACACAUGAUCUAGGGGAAAUGGGGAGAAUUUGGACCAUCUAAGCAAAUUGACUAAUAUUUCCAAACCAAUACGGUCUAAAUAAAAAAUGUCACAUUGUAUAUUGAGCUACACUUGUUUUCUAUCAAUCAAUAAUGUUUAAUCAUUAUAUCAAGCUUCAAAUUACCAAAUAUAUCAUAAAAAAGGAGAUGAUUUUUGGACAUCAAAAUUUGAUGCGGGGUGGUGAUUUGGUCCAGUGUGUGUUUCAUCGAAAAAAAAACAUACAUAUGUUUAUGUAAAGUAAUACAACAUAAUAUUACAAUCAGUAACAAUGUUCUGGGAUCGAUAUCAGGUGUUUUGGCCAGAUUCCAGACCAGAAAAAUUUGAUUGAGACCAUCUCGAAUUCUGUAUGGAUCUUUUCACUGUUUUUCGAGCAUUUUCAAACACUUUCGUCAAAGUCAAAGAAAAUCCGUGGCCUGUGUUACUUUUUCAAGCUCAUCCUUCUUCCAACAUUGUCUAUCCAUCCUCUUUUUGUAAUUCAGUGGCAUCUGGAAUCAAUUAGAACAAAGAAAAGCCUCAAACCUGUAGGACCAAUUCACCCCACACAACAUGCUAAAAUUAAAAUGCAAUUAAUUUCAUUUAUUGUUAUCAAACUUGCAGUUUCGCUGCGUCAAAUUGUUCCACUUCUGUAGACGAACAGAACUUUACUGCACAAUACACGAAAAGUUUGUUUAAUCAGCGGGAAAAACCUUGAAACCACGAUCGGAAAAUUUACAUUUUUAGACAAUGAAAGUGCUUGUUGUGUUCGUUAGUUACAUACGGUUCAACAAUAAAAGGAGAUGACAUUAUAAAAUAUCCAAGUUGAGCCGUACUUUUUCAGAUAAAGGGGUGGUCCAAAUCACCCCGUGUGUCCAACUCACCCCGUGUUACCCUACUAGUGUUAGUGUGCAAAUUGAUAGAUAAGCAAACGUUCCAGUCAUUACGACUUUAAAUUACGAGGUUGUUUCAUGAUUUCGAGAUGUUUUGAUACGUGUCGAAGGAAUGCGUGUAGGAAAAUAAGCUUUUUUUAUAUACCCAAUUUCCCCGCUGUACUUUAACGCAAGAUUGUUUUUCUAAGAGUUGGGGCAUACCAAGUUUAUGUAUUUUGUUUUAUAUCACAAUCAUCUUCCAAUUAUAAAUGUUUCGUUUUUUCCUCCCUUUUCUUUACCCUUUUAAACGAAUACCGAAACUAAGUAGAAUCGUUUUUUGCACUUCCAAUGAUCCCAGGGGAAAAGACCCAUUUGAUCCUAGCUUCGAUGGCGAUCACGCAAUAUAUAACAACAUUUGUAACCGAAUACUCAGAAUACUCGAUGAAACCAUAUACCCCGCACGCUGUGUGCUUAUAUAAUUACUAAGAAAGCAUGAUUCAUUGAGAGAGAGAUACACCAACAAUUGCACAAACGACGACAACGGCGACCAAUUCUUAUCGAACGCGAUUGGUGCAUGUGUGCCUAUACGAAGAAAAUGUUGAAACAAACUGGAAAAGUGUGAGAGUCGUUCAAAAACAAAUGAUUGGUAUUAUUAGUAUAAGCAAACAUUUGAUAUGAAAGAGUAUUAACGACACAAAAACAUUACAUUGGCUUAUUAGUGAUUGACAAAAAUUGCUACAAACAUAUAUACAAACAAAAUUUCGAAUGUACACACACACACAGCUUGUAAACUGGACCAUAAUAUCGAGAAAAAAAAAGAAAACGUCGUUUGUGGAGUAACAAAAAAAAAACGUCAAUUAACCAACGAGAGAGCACUUUAUGAACAUUGCAAAUUGAAAAACAAAACUUCUUCUGAACCCUGUCAACAUUCCAAACAACAAAGCGUGAACCAUUGACAAUAAAAAAGGUCUGCAGGUACAACAAAUAAUUCAUUGGACACCACUCAAUAUGUCAUGUUAAAAAUUGCUCCCUAAAUUCCGCUCUGUAACUCUCAACGUCAACGAACCGAACAUUUCACCUUGCUCUGCAAUAACCAGUAGACACCAAAAAAACGUGGCCGUGAGUUAUUGAGAAAAAAAUCGUUAUUUCAAGAUUCAACGAAAUCAUCCUGGGAGGGAAAUUUAAAGCAAACCAUAGAAAGGUAAGAACAUGAGGAAAGUGUAUGUAUUGAGUAUCACGCUAAUCAGAAACAGAGUUACAUUUAAGGAUAAUAAUAUACAUAAAUAGUUUGUACAAAAAUAUACUAUACAUAAUAAAAUAUACCCCAUGUGU